AUGGAAUCCACAUUAAGUGUAUCUGAUGAAAAGCUUACCAACUCAUCAACUGCAUUGAAUAACUGUGGUGAUAAUAAAGAACUGUCUCAGGUUCUUACUACGGCAAACACCACAACAGAUAAUCAACAAGUACAACCAAAACUGCAACAUCAACAAUCUGCAUCAACAGAGCCAUUAUCGAAAGAAAGAACCAAUAUUCUGCUAGAAAAUGACCUUAUUCUAGUGGAUCCAAAUCAACAACUGAAGAAUACAGUCUCUGAUUCAGUACAGGAUACGACGGGUGUUCCUUCAGACCAUGGCAAACAACAGACUAUUGGCGACCAAAUUAAAAUUCUUAUAUCUUCGAACCCAUUAAAUAUUGAGGAAUAUUCUAGUCAUUUGAACCGAUUGGCUACUAUUCUAUACGAGGAGAAUUUCACUUCUGAUUUCUUAGUUACUUUGCAUUAUAAAAUACUUCAACUAAUGGACGAAUUGCCGAAAUUUGUUGAUUUGCAAAACCCCUUGAAGUCACAACUAUAUACAAUUAUAGACAAGAACUUUGAUAUAUUAAUCAAGUUGGCCACGAACUAUAAAGUAAUGGAGGUUUCAACUGCUUCAAUUAGGUUUUUGACUACGGUAUUUAUGAAUUUGAAUUAUUGGGAGGUCUACAACUUGUUGAACAAGAAACCAGUUUUAUAUCAUUUUUUGAAUUUGAUUGAAUUUGAUUUGAAUGAUUGCUACACUCGAUUUAUCAAUGAUUACCAACGAUUCACCUACGAUAAGAUAACUCAGCCAACAGUUAAAUCUAGGAGCAGAUCCAAAGUCACCAAGAAAAGAAAAGUGAAGGGCGACUCUGAUUUUGCGGGAUCAAACACUGCUACCGCCACGACAAGUGUGACGACGCCUGAUGCUAAUACAUCUCAUGAAGGCAAGCAACAUCGUUCCGAAGCAUUUUUCUCCCUAAACCCGGAUACAUCCGACCAUGAUAAAUAUGUUGCUGACGUGAUAUCUGGUGCAAAUGUACAAAAAAGAAAGUUUAGACCAGAUGUCAAAUUGGAGCACCAUAGGAUAAUCAAGAAACCACAACCAGCUGCCGACAAAUUGUCCACUAAAUCAUCAAAUUAUGAUCCUGAUGUGAUCCAUGAGUGCCAGUUGCCAUCUGCAGAAGAGCCCCAUAAAUUAUGUUUGAGAAGAUUUUCAAGAAAAUACGAGUUGAUUAGACACCAAGAAACAGUUCAUUCAAAGAAGAAAAAAUUGUUCAAAUGCUUUGUUUGUGUGAAACAGAAUCCUGGUGUUGGACCCAGAAUUUUCACUCGUCACGAUACAUUGGCUAAACACAUUAGGGUAAAUCACAAAAUAUCUGGUAAAGAGGCUAAAGCAGAAGUUGCAUAUUCCAAAAAACAUGCUGAAGUGGUUGAAGAAGGAGAUAUCACUGUUCAUGUAGGUAGAAGGAAAACAAAAGUCGAUUUUGAAUUACGAGCCCAUAUGGAGAAACGGAAAUCAAGUGGUGAUGACACAAAUUAUAUGGAAACUAGUGACCUAGAGUCUGGAGAGGAAGAAGUAACUUUCAAUAAGUAG